GUUUGAUAGCUUAAUAAUAGUUUAUUUGCAUGUACAAUGUGGGACAUUAUUAUAGUCUCAGCAUGAGAGGUCUGCCCUUUUUAACCUAUGCUGUAUUUCGUAUUUUACUAAUUGGUACCACUUCGCUUUAUAAAAGUGAAAAAUAUAGUUUUAUACCACAGUGUUUGAAAUAUUUGUGGGAGUCUGUGUUACUUAGAAUUACACCAGUGAAUCAAAAGGACUAAAUAAUGAGUCAUUUUUUAUUAGCAUGUUGUUUACUUCUAAACUUGUCUCCAAAGAUGACCUUCAAAAACCUGGAUCCUGUUAAAACCAGAUAUAUUAAUUUUGGGGUGCCAUGGUGAUCUGGGUUGGCCAGUUUCUACUACAGUGUCUUAUCUUGCCUAAAACAGCUUGAGGGGAAGGAGUGUUGGCAGUUUAAACAAUUGGACAUAGUAAUAUAAUGUCUUCACAAACUAAUCAAUAAGAUGCUUUUAAUCUAAAAAGGUCACUUUUUCUUAUUUUUGUGAUGCACUUCCCCGUAACAGAAGUUUGAUCUGUCUUUCAGAUUGUGAGUUUAUUACGCUCUGUUAGCUGACUACAUUGGUUUAAUAAAAAUGUCCACCCUUGUUCAUAUGCUUCCACUGAUAUCCCCCUGGUGGAGUUCGGCUGAAAACCUGAGUGAUCUGGGCCGAGUUCUGCUUGAAGACAAGCGACCCGUGGUUUUGAUUGGAAACAAAGGAUCAGGAAAGACAUCGAUGUUGUUUCAAAGUGCUGUGACCUAUGCAUCAGAGGGUGGAACAGUUGUAUUUAUUUGUCACCAGCCAUUGUCACAAAUACCACUCACAGUCCAUGGUAUGCCCAGCCCAGAUCCUUCAGUUCUACAGUCUGUAAGAUUUCUGUACAUGUCUGAUGUGAAGGAGCUGGUGGAGUUCUGUGCAUCCAUCCACACCAGGGCCUGCCUCCCUAGCGUCAUCAUUGUCGACAACAUGGACAGCUAUGUUCACCAGCUAAAGGGAAACUGUGUUGAACAUGCAGCUGCCAAACUCUGUGCCAUGUUGAUGGACACAGCCAACUUUAUACAGUACAAGAGCAAAAAGGCUUGCUUAGUUGUGAUGUCAGCUUCAGACACCAUUAAAUCAUUGCCAUCCAUUCUUAAACAGUUUAACAUGAACCCUGUGUUCAUAGAAAAAUCAGACCACUCGUCAUCUGGAAAAGAGUGCAAGCUCUUGGCUAAGACAUCACAGAGUACACCUGUGGAGGUCAUACUGUGUAUUAAUACAUCGGUGAUCACGGUAAAACAGCUCCAGUUCUCUACAGCCCCGACAUGAUCAAGGCAAACCCAGAUUGCAGUUAGGAGAUGGAAUCUCGUCAUACAACAGAAUCAUCACCGAGUCUAGCAUUAGUCUGCAGUACCGGUACUCAGCGGUAUUCUUACUCAGCAGUACUGUUACUCAGUGGUACUGUUACUCAGUGACACUGUUACUCAGUGAUACUGUUACUCAGCAGCACUGUUACUCAGUGGUACUGUUACUCAGCAGCACUGUGACUCAGCGGCACUGUGACUCAGCGGCACUGCUACUCUGCAGUCCCAUUACUCAGCGGCACUGUGACUCAGUGAUGGUCGUGAUUUAGCUCAGUCGGUUGAGUGCUCACUUGAGGUGCUUGUGUUGCAGGAUGGAACCACCUCAGUGGAUUCAUUUAACUGGAUUUUUUCUUGUUCCAACCAGUGCACCACAGCUGGUA